AGUUCAACACAGUCAACCGAAAGGCGCGCGCGCUUUAAGUUCUUCGAAAAUAGUGUCAAUUUACGAAUGAAAGUUUUAGUUAGUUUUGAAAUUUUGUGAUCACUUUUGAAUAACAGUUAAACCAGUCAUGCCUGAUCAAGAAGUGGAGUACAACAAAGACCUGGUCGCUAUCAAGGACUGGCUCAGUAAGCAACCACAUCUACCACAUGACGUCGAGGAUGUCCUGCUACGACGUUUCUUCGCUAGUUGCGGAUACAGCUUGGAGCGCGCCAAGCGGACAAUAGAUUUCUUCUUCACGCUUAGGUCAACGGCCCCCGAAUUGUUCUGUAAGCGAGACCCUUGGUCGCCGGAGAUCAGGCGCGUCUUCGAAAUUACGGAUAUGCUGCCCCUUCCGAACAAAACAAAAGAGAACUAUAAAGUGUUUAUAUACCGCCUUAAAAACCCUGAGCUGGACUUAUUUAACUUCAUCGAUGCCGUGAAGACUUUCUUCAUGCUCGCUGAUACUAGGCUAACAGAAGAGGAUGACAUACCGUCCGGGGAGAUACCGAUUUUUGAUUCGGCUAAUGUCAGUCUGAAGUUUAUGGGGAAGGUGAACAUAUCCGUGCUUAGGAAAUAUAUGCUAUACACACAGGAAGCGAUCCCAAUUAGGUUGAAGCAAGUGCACAUUAUCAACGCACCCUCGUACAUCGGCAAGAUUUACGGCUUGUGCAAACCGUUCAUAAAAUCGGAGGUCGCGAAGUUGGUAAAAUUCCACGAGCCAAAUUCCACGUCACUGUACAAAGACGUACCGCAAGAACUGUUGCCCGACGAAUAUGGCGGCAAAGCUGGCACUGUGGAUCAGAUCAAGAGAUACUGGAUCAAACGGAUUGAGGCCAAAAGGGACUGGUUUCUGGCGAACGACAAGAAUUGGGCCGUGGAUGAAGCACUAAGGCCGUCCAACUGCAAGGACGACCGAGCGCAUCAAGUACGAGAUCUGCCGGGCUCCUUCCGCUCGUUGGCCCUCGACUAAAACUCGCUAAACUUGUUAUAUGUAAUUUACAUUGUAAACUUCAUAUAACGAAAUUUCGUUUGAGGAAAAUUCCCUAAAAUGUAGAUAUUAUUUUUCCUCAUUACUUAUACACAGACUAUACACUCUUCGUAGUGUAACACUCAUUCUAAAUAGCGAAACAAUACGUCAUAAUUUAGAAAGCAAUAAACAUUUAUUAGGUAUGAAAAUGAUGUCGAAAUUGAUAAGAAAUACUAUUUGCUCACAUCAUUUUAACGAAUUCAACUAAAACGACGUAUUCUAUUAUUUUUCUUUGAUUUAAUUCGAUCUUGUUUAGAAUUAUAUAAAUUUAAACUUUUUAAUUAGUAUUAAAGUAGAAAAGAAAAAUGUUUAUUAUUGAAAUUUUAUUUAAAAAGUACUUAAAUAAAAUUUUAAGGCGUACAAAAUUAAUACGAAAGUUCACGGAUUCUGAUAGUUCCCAUAUGUAUCUUAUCUUUACCAUAAUUUUAUUCGUUUGUUGUAUUUAGUGACUGAAAACAAAGACGUAUUAAAAACAUCUUAGACUGAAAAGGUAUUUAUAAAAUUAAAAGGAAAACUUAAUGCCUCUUUGCUUGACGUAUUAAAUAAAUACCUACAUACUUUCAUUUAUUUCAUUACCUUAUUUCUCUUUUGUUAUUUUCAUAAGCUAACGAUUCUCACUAGACUUAUUUUGGAAAAUUUACUUUACUUAGCUUAAUCGGAUUCGAAUAACGUAUUCUUGUAUUAUUAUUUGAAUAUCCAUUUUCAAAAUCAUACAUUUUUUGAGAUAUUUCCUUAUUUUACCUACAUUUAUUACAAGAAUAAGAUAACGUGAUAAUUUAUGCAUAAGUUUAUUUUAAAAAAAACCAUUUACCUAUAGGUCAAUAAAGAAAAAAAUUCAUUUAUUUAUAUUUUUGGGCACUCAGAUUAAUAAAGAAAUAUAGACAGAGCGCCGCUUACAUUUCAAGUUGCGCGGAAAUUAUGCCAACCCAAAACCAUGCUGAACUUGUUGUGAGAUCGCCUUAGAGUAUAGAUACUAUUAUUUAUUCUGUGGUAUAGUGUAAAUGCUCUAAGAACACGCACGCACGCAUACAAUGAUUAGCAUCUAAUAUCAUUUGCAACCAAUGAAGAUGAAGGAAUAUAUGAGUGUAAGUGCGUGUCAAGAAGUUGAUUAUGGUUUUGACGUCAUUUAAAAUUUACCCGUCUAUCUUUUUGUUGGUCUAAAAUAUUGCAGUGACAAACAAGCUAAAAAUCAUUAAAUAAAAAAGGCAGAUACGUUGUCAUCUCUAAGUUUAAAAUACAAUGUCUAACAGCUUGUAACUAUCGCGGCUCUCGUAUCAUUCAAACUGGAACAGUUUGUGGGUACACUUCUGCUUGGCAAAAUAAGCAUCCAUUCCAUACAUCAUCUGAGUUUAGCUUUUUUUUCAUUUUGAUUUUUUUAAUUUGUAACGUAAUCAAUUAUCAAUAUCUGAAGGCUUAGCGAGUAGUAUGAUAUGCGAUGUUUUCAAAUUUGAAGCUUGGUUAAUAAUCUUAUUCGUGUACAGUGCAGACUCUAAAGAGUAUACAGCGAAUCAGUUAGUAAGUCAGAAUUAUUUAAACACAGAUAAGAAGAUAAGAUUACUUCAAAGUUUUAUGCGCUAUUGACUCUGUAUUCCCGUUUGGUGUGGCGACACUGAAGUUAAAAAAGUUAAAAAUAACUUUUUUGAACCCCUGUGAAUCUUCCUAAAUGUAAUUAUUGCUUAAAAGUUCUUCAUAAAAGUAAGUAUACGGACAAGAGUUGUGCGACGACGGAAAUGCGAAUCAUAAUAAUUGGCUCGAUAAAAAAUCUAUAAACAUGACACUAAAUUACGAUUUAAACCUACUUUGCAGAGAUUCCAUCAUGCAACCGUGUGAAAAAGGUUUAUUAUUUUUUAGGGAAUGUUGAGUACACAUUUUACAAAAUAGUUUCUAUUAUAUCACGUUUUUAUUAAGUCACUUUCUUGUUUGUCCGUCUGUAUAUUGUUCCGGGUACUCGUAGCACAACUCAAAUUUCGAGCUUUUUCCGAUGAGCUAAAGAUUUGAAAUUUUAAACAUAGCUCAGUACCGGAUAACAAUGUAGGAAUAUAAAAAAAAAACUACUAAAACUGCUAAACUAAAAAUUCAAUAUACCACGUGUAUAUUAAAUUUUAGUACAUAAUUAAAAAAAAGUCACUUCUUAUCUUAUGACAAAAAUAUGCAAAAUCGAAAUAUAAGUGCUCGUGGCCGCACGAUUUCUGCUAAAUAAAAAAAAUAAAGCAUCGACUCAAGAAGCUAAAUUGUUUAGAAAUGAUUUUUUUCUCUUUACGGAAAUAUG